UAGUCUCACCCGAAAUUGCUUUAACUGAAAUGAAUUUAAUAAACGUGUAAACAGCAGUUUCGAUGCAUCAUUUUCGAUGAAAACAGUGAAUUUAACUCAACGAGAAACAAUACCACUGUCCAUUUUAAACAACGCGCGUUGUUUUAUUUAGGCAGGCACUAAUCAACACAAAGAUAAUUAUCGUUGGCCUCAAAAAAAUUAAAUUAGACGACAGAGCAUAAUUAUCAAGGUUAACACAGUUCCAUGCGUCCAGUCUUUUCAAAAUCAUAAAUGACCUUCAGCUACUGAAUCUCCACAGGCGAACACUGAUAAUGGGUAACCAUGAUGAUUUAACUGGUUGUUCGUUUGAAGUUCAUGGUAAAGUUCAAGGUGUAUUUUUUAGAAAGUAUGCAGCUGAAUUUGCGAAGGUAAAUGGUCUUGUCGGCUGGAUUAUGAAUACAGAAAGUGGUACUGUGAUAGGUGAAUUCGAAGGCCCAAGUGUAAGUGUUGAUGCAUUCAAACAUUGGCUUCGCAACAUUGGAAGUCCUAAAUCGCAAAUUGACAGGUGCCAGUUCAAGAACGAAAGAAGGAUAUCUCAGUUACAUUUCGAAAAUUUUAAUAUACGUCGCUAGUCCAAACAUA